CGCAAAAUGCGUUCACUUAUCAAAGCAGUUGACAAAAUCAAGCGAGUAAUUAUCGCUUGCGCUCGACUUUGCAUUAAAGCUUUGCUCUGUAACAAUGAAACACACACACUUUUGUAUAUAAAUAUAUAAAAUCAAAUGCCCUACGCAACAAACACUUGUGGCGAUCUUCGUGAAAUGGAAGGGAGAAAUGAAAGCCAAAGACCACUCAUACAUAGCUAACAAGCAGCAGCAGCUUGCGGUAUUUACACUCGUGCCAAUUGAGCGGCGUUUGCGGAUUAUUAGUCAGUUUCUGUCUGUUUAUUGUUUGYGGCGAACUGUUUGCCACUUUUGCAAGUGAACGAUUUCUGUGAAUACAAUUUUUGAUAAAUUAUAUGAGAAAAGAAAUAAAAUAAAUAUAAAUAUAUGCAAUUAUACAUGUAUAUAUAAUCAUUUAUUUUUAUUUCUUUGUGGGUGUGUGUGUAAAUUUUUCAACCAGUGCCUGCUAAAACGUCGACCUUUUUGUUAGUAUUGGCGAUCAAGCAAAAAACCGUUAAUUGCACAAUAUCAGCGAGAAAGAUUGAAUGCACUUUAGGAUACUAACCACAAUAUUAAGCAAAAUUCCAAGCUAAAAAUGCAAAAGGAGUAAAGAACACCUAAACACAACAACUUUGUACAAACACAAACAACAAAUAUUUAAUAUAAAAAAUCUGCACAAAUAUUUUCGCCUGAAAUCUGAUUACGACGUAAUACGAGCAGCACGAGAAUUGCAAAAACAAAAAAUAACUACUCACAAAUAGAAGUGAGGAAACAACAACAUACACACACUUAGCAGACAUUAGUGGCUGUGUGUGCGUCUGCGCGCGGAUUCUACGCUAACGAGCAAAUACUUUCACGACGUCAGCUGAACACACAUACACACAAACGAAGUGACAAGUGACAGGUAGUCGUUUGYAGAAGUGACAAGUGCGCAUACACAAUGAAAACAAAUCCCGCAUUGGAUCACGUGUAUGUGAACGAUGGUUUCAAGUGUUCUUCGAUCAGCAUUACAACGAACGGUACGGAACAGAACGGUGGUAGUGGCGGUUCGCAAGGAUCAAACGAGUUUAUAUUAACUGCAGACGGCAAAAAGAUGAUUCCACCUAUUAAGACAAUGGACUGUGCCAAAGCAUGGGUACAGGAUCGCACCAGGCGCACCUUCAACCGCAAGACGCUCUACAARCGCCUGCCCAUACUCAAUUGGUUACCGAAAUAUUCCAAAGAUGAUGCUGUGGGUGAUGUGGUUGCCGGACUCACUGUGGGUCUAACGGUUAUACCACAAGCGCUGGCGUAUGCUGGUGUAGCUGGGCUACCUGCAGCGUAUGGUUUAUAUGGUUCCUUCUUAGGCUGUUUUAUUUACAUUUUCCUCGGCACCUGCAAGGAUGUGCCCGUGGGUCCCUCCGCCAUAGUGGCGUUACUGACCUUUCAAACCGCAAAAGGUUCAUGGCAAUUAGCAGUGUUACUCAGUUUACUUUGUGGCAUUGUGGAAUUGUUUAUGGGCAUUUUUGGUUUGGGUUUUCUGCUGGAUUUCGUUUCCGGUCCUGUCUCUUCCGGUUUCACAUCGGCCGUUUCGCUGAUCAUUGUUGCAUCGCAAAUUAAAGACAUAUUGGGUAUACCGGCGCCCGGUACGACAUUCCUGGAAAUUUUAACGCAUAUUUACGAAAAUAUCAAAGAGACACGCGCCUCGGAUACGGUGUUGGGUCUCACCUGCAUUGUGGUGCUGCUGAUGAUGCGCCUGCUGUCAUCAUUUAAGCUUGGUCCCAAGGAACCCACGCUUCGCUCGAAGACACAGAAUGUACUCAACAAAAUCAUUUGGCUUAUUGGCACCUCGCGCAAUGCCAUACUAGUGAUUGUCUGUGGCAUUUUGGGUUAUAUUUUACAUAGCGAGGAUGGCAAUAUACCGUUCCGUGUUAUUGGCUACAUUCCAGAGGGCAUGCCCGCCAUACAACCCCCACCAUUCCAUAUGUCAGCCAAUGAAACAGCCUCUGGGCAUGAAGAGGGCUUCAUUGAUAUGGUGAAAAAUCUGGGUUCCGGUCUAAUUGUGUUGCCGCUCAUAUCGUUGAUGGAAACUGUCUCUAUAGCCAAAGCUUUUGGCAAUGGCAAACCGGUUGACGCCUCACAGGAGCUCAUCGCUAUCGGUAUUGCAAACAUCGCUAACUCAUUCGUGCAAAGCUUCCCAUCCACCGGCGCACUGAGUCGUGGCGCUGUCAACAAUGCCAGUGGUGUCCGAACCCCGCUAAGCAAUAUCUAUUCGAGYUCUUUGGUCAUACUUGCUUUGAUCUUCUUCACACCCUACUUCUUUUUCAUACCGAAAUCAACGCUGGCGGCGAUCAUUAUUGCCGCCGUUAUGUUUAUGGUGGAAGUGCGCGUAAUCAAACCAAUGUGGCGCGCGAAGAAGAGUGAUCUGCUACCCGGUCUCGGCACAUUCGUUGCUUGCUUGGUUUUACCGCUGGAAAUCGGCAUACUAAUYGGUGUCGGCUUAAAUGUCAUCUUCAUUUUGUAUCACGCGGCGCGUCCCAAAAUCACCACCGAAAUUCUCACAACAUCAGCGGGCAAUGAGUAUCUGAUGAUCACGCCCGAUCGUUGCUUGAUGUUCCCCUCGGUGGAUUAUGUGCGCAAUCUGGUGACAAAGCACUCGAUGCGACAGAAUGUGCCCGUCGUCAUUGAUGCCUCRCAUAUUUACGGUGCGGAUUUCACGGCGGCCACUGUUAUAGAGUCGCUGCUGAACGACUUCGCAGCGCGUGCUCAGCUCUUGUUCUUCUACAAUCUGAAACCCAGUAUUUGUGCGUUAUUUGAAACGCUAUCGCCGGCGGAAUUCGUCGUCUACUAUCAAGAGGAGCAGCUGGAUCAAUUGUUGAAGGAUCGUAAUUAUGAGCAAAAGAAAACGAUAACGGUGUAGUGGCACCUGGAAGUGUCCAGUUGUGCUAUUGUUGGCUGAAAKKUGAUCGUGUUGAGUCUUGGAGACCCACACCAGAAAAUGGUUGGUUAAAACUGUUAACUAUUCGCGUUCGCUUUAGUUUUAUAAAUAUUACUUGUUGGAUUUGACUAGUUAAUUAUUUGUAAAGUAUGCAUGUUCGCUAUUUUAAAUACGUCCCUAAUUUUARAUAUGUUUACACAUUAAAGUCACACACACACACACACUUAUACAUAUACUAUUCUUGUAUGUAUGUAUAGUUGCCUAGCGGUUUUAAUUUUGUAAGCAUACUGUUAAACCGAACAAUGGAGUAUUAUUUUAGUAUUGAUCACCAAAAAUUAAAAAAAAAAAAACAAAAUGGUGUACGCUUUUACAUAAUGAUUUAUAUAUAAU